UUCCCUUUUUUAAAAAGUAUUUCUAAACAAAAUGGCGUCGUUUCCAGCGUGAGUGUAGAGAAUUUGUAAUUCGUUCGUGUGUAAAUUACAAAUUUGCGUUUCUCAUAUUUUAAAACUUACUACUGUAUUGUUACUGAACUUUGUGAUUAGUGGUUAAUUUAACGUUACAUUCUUUGCCACAUACGAUUCACUAGUGAAGCUGUAUCAUGAGUAAUUACGAGGAUGAUCAAAGCGAGGAUGGAGAAUUAGCGCGUAGCCCUGUUCAAGAUGAAAUGGAUUUUAGUUUGUCUGAUGAAGAUCGGGACAAUGCUGAUUCCCUCAUAAUCAAGCCCCCUCAAGCUGUGAUCCGUUCAUCACACAGGGAUAAGAGAGGUCAUAAACGAACGAUGAAGGAUCGAUACAAAGACAAUGUCAGGAAAGAAAAGAAACAUCUUUACAGGGAACGGGAUAAGUCUGACAAAUCAAAACGAGAAAUUAAUAAGAAUCCUGAUAGGGAGGAGAUGGCCAAAGAGUACUAUAGAGAAAAGCAAUAUUAUAGGGAGAAAGAAUUGUACAGAGAAAACAAAGAGGCAUUUAGAGACAAGGAAGCAUACAGAGAGAAAGAAGCUUAUAGAGAAAAAGAAAUGUAUAGAGAUGGUAAUAAAGAUAACAUGUACAGGGACAAUAAGGAUAUUAGAGACAAAGAAAUGUAUCGUGAGAGAGAGAUGAGAGAAAAGAAAUGGGAUAAAAAUACUUACAGAGAGCCAUUACAGGAGAGAGAGAAAGAAGAUAUGAGAGAAGAUAAAGAGAAAGAGAUGGAGGAGAUGACAAUAAGAGAAAUGAAAGAGAUGGAAUAGGAUAAGAUAUUAGCUGAAGAAGGCCAUACUAAUCAAAAUAAUGAAAAAGAAAACAGGGAUAGAACAUCUGGAGAUAAAGAAUUAGAAGAUUUAAGAACAAGAUUAUUGAACAAGAGAAUAACCAAAGAGUUGCAAAGCCAAGAUGGCAAGAAAAGUUCAGAGUAUUAUGAAAAAGAAAGUAAGUCGUCAUCUCGCCACUCAUCUCUUGAUAAACAUCAGGAACACAGGAAAAAUAAAGUCUUGUUUGCAGAUAAAGAGAGGGAAAAGCGAAAACAUGAAUCGCGCACUGAGUUGGAGGCCAGACGACAAGAGCAUCGUCGCCGCGGGAAGAAACGUUCCGUAUCACCUAAUGAGACUGCUACAAAGAAGACCAAAACUGCAGAAUCUCCCGACUAUGGCGAUUCUGUAGUUACAGUCUCUGAUUCUAGUGAUAUCGAAAUGAAAACUGACUCCCCCCACUCUGAGCCUGAAGAUGGUGAACACACAAAUAGUGAAACAGAGGAAGACAGUUCAUGCACUGAGUCAGACUCUGCAGCAGAUUCUAAAUCUGAAGCUGAAGAUGAACAUAAUGAUGAAGAAAAGUCUGAAAAAGAAGAAAAAGACAAUGAAAGGAUCAGCGACAAGACUAGGCCUCCAUCAAAAUCUAAGUCUCCCAGCCCUGGCCUGACUAAGUCUAAGCCUGCAUCACUACAAUCCUCUCAUGGAUCACACAGAUCAUUGUCUAGAUCCAAAAGCAGAAGCAGAUCACAUUCGUUUUCGCCACCUCCUCCCGGAGAGAAUGGAAAGUCUACAGAGGAGGAAAAACCUAAUGAGGAUGAUGAAGAAACCAGACAAAGGGAAGAAGCUAUUAAUGCUCUUCCUCCUUACUACCCUGCGUUACAGGGUUGUCGAUCCGUUGAGGAGUUUCAAUGUCUCAAUAGAAUAGAGGAAGGCGCCUACGGAGUUGUUUACAGAGCCCGUGAUAAAACUACUGAUGAAAUUGUUGCUCUUAAAAGACUUAAAAUGGAAAAGGAGAAGGAAGGAUUCCCUAUAACCUCUUUGAGAGAAAUUAACACAUUAUUGAAGGGCCAGCACCCGAACAUAGUCACGGUGCGGGAGAUAGUCGUAGGCUCUAACAUGGAUAAGAUAUUCAUAGUGAUGGACUACGUAGAACACGACCUGAGGAGUCUCAUGGAGACCAUGCGAGGAAAGAAACAAGUAUUUUUACCAGGGGAAGUGAAAUGUCUGAUGACGCAACUACUCAAAGCCGUUCACCAUCUCCACGACAAUUGGAUCUUACACAGAGAUCUUAAAACCAGCAACUUGUUAUUAUCGCACAAAGGUGUAUUAAAGGUUGGUGAUUUCGGUCUGGCGAGAGAGUACGGCUCCCCGCUGCGUCAGUACACGCCCAUCGUGGUGACGCUGUGGUACCGCGCGCCUGAACUGCUGCUGUGCUGUAAAGAGUACUCCACGCCUAUCGACAUGUGGAGCGUCGGCUGUAUAUUCGCCGAAUUUAUUACUAUGAAUCCAUUAUUUCCCGGAAAGUCUGAAGUGGAUCAAUUGAAUAGAAUAUUUAAGGAUUUGGGUACACCUUCAGAGAUGAUUUGGCCAGGCUACAAUGAAUUGCCAGCCGUCCAAAGAAUGACCUUUGCUGAACAUCCAUCAGGUGGGCUGAGGCAAAGAAUAGGCUCAGAUCUGCUCUCAGAGACAGGAUUAUCUUUAUUGCAAGGCUUCCUAACUUACAAUCCAGUUAGAAGAAUAACAGCGGAUGCUGCCCUGGAACAUGCCUAUUUCAAGGAGCAGCCGGUAGCGAUCGAGCCGGCGAUGUUCCCGACGUGGCCCGCCAAGUCGGAGGGCAACCGGCGCAGCACGCACAGCCCGCGGCCGCCGGCGGGCGGCGCGGCCUACGCGCAGUUCGCGCGCGCGGACUCGGACGAGGCGCUCGGCUUCCAGCUGCACCAGCGCUCGCUCAACGUGGCGCCCGGCUUCUCGCUCAAAUUUUAGCGACGGCGACUCGGGCGACGCUCGAAUCGAUAGUCAACAUACGCCUACAGUCAAUAUUACUGUGUAACAUUGUAUUACCUAGCUUCGUAAUGGUCGACCUACGCCCGAUUAAUCGGAUGUAAGAUGUAGGUACUUUAUUUCUAGUACCGUUACCGUUACUGCGGCGAUGACGAAAUUUUAUUUGCAUUGCGUUAAAUUUCAAUGUACCGUAUGCAGGGGAAUAACAAAUUCUUUACACAUCACACACUGAAUUACUAUUUUUUUAAGGAAAUGUGAUUGCACAGGUGAGAGAGUAAAAAAAAACUGCCAUUUGUAUAAGUACUGUAUAUUACAACAAAAUCAUGCGUUACAACAUUACAAAAACUGCAAUGAAAAGCUCAUGUAUAUAUAAUUGUUAUUUGAUGUACUUAUGGAAUACAUAAUUACUUCUAGCCUUAAUUCAUUAUGACACUUUGCCAUUGUUGAUGUAUGUAUAUGUAAAAUAGCAUAAAAUAAUAUUUUUUCAUUAUUGAUGUAAUCUUAUGUAAUUAAUAAAAGGAGUCUAACGCUCAAAGUGUAAAACCGAUUGAGUAAAUAGCGUUCGACCUCUGAGAUCGAUCUUUAAAAUGUUGAAUGCACAUGUUACAAACUAAUAAUAAAAUUCAACAUUCGUGUGUAGUUCAGGUUACACAGUGUAAAUACUAAAUACCUCUUAUUUUUAGUGGUGUACCUCGAUGCAGGUGGAAUUAGUGUAGAAUUAAAAUAUGGUACAAUAAUUAUAUGUUUUCAACAGAAA